AUGUUCAUCACACAAAAACUCUGUGGCACCAACUAUCCCGUGAGCAUUGCAUUCAUCAUAGUGAAUGAAUUCUGUGAAAGAUUCUCUUACUAUGGCAUGAAAGCCUUGCUGACACUAUACUUCAAAAAUUAUCUACACUGGGACAAGGACCUCUCUACAGCUAUAUACCACGCCUUCUCCAGCCUCUGCUACUUCACACCUGUACUGGGGGCCAUCAUUGCUGACUCUUGGCUGGGCAAGUUCAAAACAAUCAUCUACCUGUCGAUUGUGUAUGUCAUUGGCCAUGUUAUCAAGUCCAUUGGAGCCAUUCCAUCAGUGGGGGACAACACUGUGCACAUUGUGCUCUCCAUGGCUGGACUAGUGCUCAUUGCUUUAGGGACAGGUGGGAUUAAACCAUGUGUAUCAGCUUUUGGAGGAGACCAGUUUGAAGAUAAACAUACAGAGGAACGAAGGAAGUUUUUCUCCAUCUUCUACAUGUCAAUCAAUGCUGGGAGUGUCUUGUCAACCCUUAUCACACCAAUACUGCGAGGAGAUGUAAAGUGUUUUGGCAAUGACUGCUAUGCCCUCGCCUUCGGAGUACCUGCAGUCUUGAUGAUGAUUUCCCUUGUUGUGUUUAUUGCUGGGAGUGGGCUGUACAAAAAGAGCCCUCCAGAAGGGAACAUACUGCUGUCUGUGUGUGGCUGUAUAGGGUUUGCUGUGAAGAAUCGCUGGAAGCGUUCAAAACAUGACCCUAAAAGGGACCACUGGUUGAACUGGGCUGAGGAAAAAUACCCAAAACGCCUUAUCGAGGAAAUAAAGAUGGUUUUACGAGUCCUGGUUCUAUAUAUUCCUCUCCCCAUGUUUUGGGCUCUGUUUGACCAGCAGGGCUCCCGGUGGACACUCCAGGCUACUCGAAUGAACUUGAACAUUGGUCCAUUUGUUCUGAAACCUGAUCAAAUUCAGCUGCUGAAUGCUUUCCUGAUCUUGGUUUUUGUACCCAUCUUUGACAUGGGAGUGUACCCUCUCAUUGGCCUCUGCAAGAUCAACUUUACGCCUCUGAAGAAAAUGGCCACAGGCAUGAUUUUUGCAGCUCUGGCUUUUGUUGCAGCUACGAUGGUAGAAAUUGACGUCACAAAAACUGUUGUACCGGCUCCAAAUUCAGGGGAGAGUUUACUGCAGGUCUUCAACCUAAUGGAGAAUGAGGUGAAAGUGCAAAUUCCUGGAAAUGAUCUAUUCCCAGAUGCCAUCAGUUCUUAUGAGGAUCCUUCAGAAUAUCAGAGAGUACAGCUGAGGGGAACAACCAAAAAUCUGACUGUCAAGGUUACAUACAAUGAGCAGGUCCAUGACUGUGCUCUGACAUUCCAUGAGGAAAAAUCAUACAGUCUCAUCAUUCACCAUGGAACUACCAGCCUUCAGUGCAAGCUUGUGGAAGAUUUCAUUGAGAAAUCUGAAAAUGGGAGUGCAUAUCUGAGAUUUAUCAAUGGCCAUAAUGAAGGCUUGAACAUAAGCGUCGGUGGGCAGGAAUUUGAAGUAGCUCCUGCAUAUGGAAUAACCCCAAAUAAGAGCAUAGCGAGAGGAGAAUACAGGGAAGUGAAAUGCAUAUCGAGCCAAAUGGAGUACAUAAUAGAUUUGGGCCUUCUUGACUUUGGUGCUUCAUAUAGCGUCAUUCUCAAGACAAACUUGCAGGGGAUAGAGGUAUUCAAGAUGGAAGAUGUCCAUGCGAACAAUGUCUCCAUUGCUUGGCAAGUUCCUCAGUAUGCACUGAUAACAGCAGGAGAGGUCAUGUUCUCCAUCACAGGACUGGAGUUCUCAUAUUCGCAAGCUCCAGCCAAUAUGAAGUCAGUGCUGCAGGCAGGUUGGCUAAUGACCGUGGCCUUUGGGAACGUGAUUGUGUUGAUUGUAGCAGAGGGAGCUGAACUGCAACAGUGGGCAGAAUUUGUGCUGUUUGCUGCACUGCUGGUGGCUGUUUGCAUCAUCUUUUCCAUUAUCGCCUACUUCUACACCUAUGUCAAUCCCAAGCAGCUGGACAACAUGUUCCAGGAUGACAGUAAGGAGGACAACUUAAAGAAAGAAACGGUCCAGGAUUUGGCUCUGAUCCCAGUUUUCAGAAAUACCAUGAUGUAAGCAUGUAGGGCUGAGUUUGAUAAGAAGGAAAUUAUUUUGAAGUAAAAUUUAUGUAAACUAAUUAGUUAUACAGAACCCAGACAUAUUUUGUAAGCCUACUGAGAUGACGAAAUGUGUCUGCUUGAACAACUUUAAAAGGUUUAUCACAGAUCAAUCUAUGUAACUGAAAUGAAAAUAUAAAGCUAUUUUAUUUAGAGUAUCUGAAAAUGCAAACAAAAAAAUGCAUAACAUUUAAGAGAAAAGGAGAUACUAUGUUUUA